AUGAACAUUCUCGGUUUGCCUCAAGUCGAGCGCAAUUUUCUGAAGAUGGCGCCAAUCGUGAACGCCCGUCUUUUGUUUAACGAACACCCUUUCGGUGACCCCGUCCCAGGGCAAACAACCGUCUAUGAUACGACCCAGACGAUCGACCUAGAAAGUGUGGUUCUCGAUGGCGGCGUUCUUGUGAAGACGCUAGUGCUUUCCAUCGACGUCCUCAUCAGAGGUAGGAUGGGUGGAUCUGGGGCAAAGGUACCCUCCACCUACGCGUUCUCCAUCGGAAACCCUGUUUCGAACUAUGGAAUCGGCGUUGUCCUCAGAAGCGAAACCACUGCUUUCCAGAAGGGAGACCAUGUUUAUGGAAUGCUUUCUUUUGAGGAGUACGCUGUUUAUGGACAGACUAAUGGGCUCAGAAAUCUAGAGAACGCUGGCCUGCCGUGGAGUCUAUAUUCGCAAUCGUCGCAGGUCAGACGGGGCGAAACAGUCUUCGUCACCACUGCAGGUGGUCCUGUUGGUAGCCUUGUUGUUCAAUUGGCCAAACGUGAUGGGUUGAAAGUGAUCGCAUCCGCCGGUAGCGACGAGAAAUGCGACUUCGUUCGCAGCCUUGGCGCAGACAUUGUCUUCAACUACAAGAAAGAAAGCACUCAGAGCAUACUUGGGCUCGAGGGUCCAAUUGAUAUAUAUUGGGACAAUGUUGGUGGUGAAGUACUCGACCUCGCAUUACAAUACGCCAACACUCACGGUAGAUUCAUCCAAUGUGGCGUUAUCUCGAUGUACAAUGGCCCAUCAUACCCUGGUAUCAAGGUUCUGUCUAACUACGCGGACAUAAUCAGCAAGCAACUCACCAUGCACGGCUUCAUUGUUUCCGCCCUUGCUCCCGCGUACACUGUCGAGUUCUACCGCGUCAUGAUACCGCUCAUCAAGGAAGGAUUGAUCCAGUACAGAGAAGAUGUGAGCGAAGGGUUGGAGACCGCAGAGCAGGGUCUUUUGGAUGUCUUGAAAGGCAGGAAUAUUGCGAAGAGGGUGAUUAUAGUGGCAGACGAUUGA